ACUCAUUCCUAUCUCUGUUGCUUCCAAUAGUCUUCCUAGAUCAGGAGUGGCUGCUUGAUACCCACGUGUAAUCUUACUCUCAAGUAGUAUUCAAGGUCACGGUAGUCGAGUACUCGUCGAGACUCGUUUAUUCAGCGUCGAUAGCUAGUUCUCCGAAAGCUUCCAAGCUAAGACGUUAAUAUGCGUUGGAACUUGGGUUUAACAUGCGCAGCUGCGCUCUUCGGCUUCGUAUCCGAAGCCAGCGCCGAUAUAUUCCGUGAUCCCGACACCGGGUUCUCGUUUUCUCAGAAGGACGUACCGAUUACGACGAACAACGACUACAUCACGUUCCGCAUUGCGAUCCCGAGCCCCGCGCCCGCGGGCCAGCCCUACGAUACCGUACUUCAGAUCGUCGCCCCUGUUGUUGCUAACUGGGUUGGCGUCGCCUGGGGCGCUUCCAUGCUGAACAACCCCCUGCUUCUCGGCUGGCCUAACGGUGCGAGCGGCGUGGUAUCUAUGCGCCGAGCGACCACCCGUACCGCCCCAGCAGUAUACACAGGCGCCUCAGUGCAGCUCCUCAAAACGGGCACCAAGAGCAACGGCACGCACUGGCAAGUAACAGCCAAAUGCACGGGCUGCACGCAAUUCACCACCACGGGCACCACCACCAAGUCGCUGAACCCAGCCGGCAGCAACCGCCUAGCCUUCGCGUACUCCAAGACCAAGCCCAGCCAGCCCGGCUCCGACAGCUCGCCCAUCAGCGUGCACGACCUCUUCGGCUACUGGGACCACGACUUCGCGUCCGCCGGCAACACCGGGUUCCAGGACCUGGUCGACAAGAACUUGUGAGUUUGAGUACCUACCUGUUAAUUUACCUACCUACCUACCUAGCUCGAGAGGUGAGGCAUUUAGGGCUAGGGUUAGGGUUAGGGGCGGGGUUUUUUCU